AACCCAAAAAUAGGGUGCCCCAUAUAGGUUUUACAAUAAGAACUCAUUACACAACUCAUAAGCACCAAAACAUUAGCUCUAAAUAUGAAGCUUCUUUUUGCCAAAUAAAUUUGAAAAAUGACUGCGACUUGAUUUUGUGUUGCAAAUCUCCCUGUACACAUUAUAAUGAAACCAAAGCACAAGCCAAUUGAUCCAAGUGUGGUUCACAAUCUUUAAGGUUUACAAAAGUAAGGAAAAAAACAAAUAGGAAUAAACAAAACCAAUAAAAAAAAACCGAAUCACUUUGUAAAGAAUCGGAGCAAAAAAACAAAGAGAAAGUUCAAUUCUAGUUCAAUACAAACUACAAAUACAACCUGGAAUAUGAGAUCUAACAUGUCAAACCAUAGAUAAGAAACAAGAAUUCUUAUAAAACCUGCCCCAACCCUUAUAACAACAAGCAUUAUUAUAGUACCCUUAUAACAGCAAAGACGCAGAUUACAGCAUAUCGUAGCAAGGUGAGGGUGAAAAUACAGAAUACAAUUGGCCUAGGCUAAGGCAGCGCUAGAAUAACCAAACUCAAAUUCACAUAUUAACAAAAUCAAAUUUCAGAAUAAAAGAUUCACAUGAAAAAUCUAGAAGAAAAAUUGAAGAGAAGUAAAAGAGGAUAAUAACCUUAAACCUUUUUCUAUCAAGAUUGCAAAAAAUGAUGGUAGGUUAGAAAGGCAAAGAAGGCAGAUGAAAAAACCCCUAGUUGAAGAUAAGAGGCAUCAACAAUGGAAAAUUAGAGAGGCAAAGGAUGUGGAGGAAAGAGAUGAUAUGGGUCAUCCACGAUGAUGGAGAUGGGGGGAGUCAAAUGGCUAGAAAAAGCGAUAGGAUUUCGUCCUCAGAGGACUGCUCCUCUGAGGACUCUAACUCAUCUUCCUCGACCGGGUCUUCUUCUCCUGACUCCACGCCCGGUCAGGUUCCCAACUCCUCUAUUCCCGACCUGCAACAUGUUAAUCAAAUGCCCGGUGAAGUUUUCAUGGGGAGGGAUGACCCGGUUGAUGACGAACCGGGUCCCUAUGACCCUGAAAACGAAACCCGGGAUGCGUGGGAGGAGCGGCUUCAUGCUGCCGGUUACUUUCCGCUCCCCACCUUCUACGUCCUUGACAUCCCUUCCCAUGUAUCCAAAAUUGCCUUGAAUAAAAUUCGUAGGAGGCUCCCAGAUGGGUAUACCAUCUUGUAUGAACCUAACUGGCCCAACAUUGUUGAAUCCCACCGGGAGGAUAGGAUAGGGUUCCACACCAUAUCACUGGAUGCGGGCAUCGUUUUUCCUUUUUGCCCCCUCCUAACCGAAGUAUGCCAUGCGUUUAGGAUUUUACCUUGCCAAAUAACCCCUAACGCCCACCAGUAUCUUAAUUCCUUUGUAAAUAUCUGCACUCAUCUGAAAAUCGUCCCCUCCUUGCGUCUUUUCCUUUUUUGCUUUGAAGUCCUACCGGGCGGGACUGGCUGUGAAGGUUUUGUAUUCUUCAAAGCUCGUACCGGUAGGAAGUUCAUUUCCGAAGUCCCCCAGAGUAACCGGGGAUGGAAGGAAAAAUUUGUUUUCAUCGAGUUUCCCCCCUUUGUCACUCCUUUGGCCGGUCUGAAAUGGAAUGACCAUCUCCUCGACCAAGAGUACGCUGCACCGGCUUCCUCCCCUGACUUAGAAGCGAAUCUCGAGGUCCUCAUGCGCGGGGAUCCUUUAACCGGGAGGAUCUUCCAUUAUGGCAGCUGGGUUUGGAGGGUUGAGUCGUGUGGUGAGGGUACCUCCCAGGCCCAUGAAGCAGCGGGGCGCGGGGUACCCUCCCCGGGCAACACUGCAAAGGUUGAGGGCCAGAACCACCCAGACAUGGAGUUCGAAGAAUUCGCCAUGCCCGAAGAUCAGCCAGAGGGAGAGACCGGUGGUUCUCAGGCCGGUGCUGCGAAAACUUUCAAGGUCCAACCAGAGACCGUGGAAAUCCAUGAUUUGGACGAGCCGGAGGAUGACCGGUCAAAAGGGAAGGGCAAAGAGAAGACCGGUCGGCGGAUAAAAAGGGUGGCAACCACACACCCUUCUUUCGCUAAGAAGAGGCAAAGAGGGGACUCAGAGCCGGCCGGUCAGACUAUUGAAGAGGCCUUCAUCAAUCUGGGCCUGAGGCUGAAGGAGGCGGGGGAGAUUGGACCCCUCACAGCUGACCGGCUGGGGUUAGACUCUCCUUCGGAGUUUGCCCGGCUGAAGAAGGAGAAGGAGGAGAUGGCUCUUAUCCUUAAGAGCCAAGCUGAUGAGCUGACCAGGCUAUCCGGGCUAACCGGGUCUAUGACGGCAAAGAUCUCUCACCUUAAGGAAGAGAAUGGCCGGCUGAUGGACGAGGUGUUUGAAGCCAAGAGGGAGAUGGCGGAAAAGGAAGAAACCUUCCCCCGGCGCGCAGCUGCCUAGGUGGAAGAGAAUAAAGCUGAAGCUGCCCG